CACUGUCACCUAGUUUAUUUUUAUAUGGUAGUAUACUGUCUGAGUUGAACUUUAAUUAAAGAAGAUGUCAGAUAUUUUGUGCAGGUGGCUGAACCAGGAGCUCCGUCUGUCAAAAGCUGUUGAGCCAAAGACCUUUGCCAAGGAUUUCUCCAGUGGUUACCUUAUUGGGGAGGUUCUGCAUAAAUAUCAGCUGCAGAACGAUUUCAGUAUGUUUAUGAAGAAAGACACCUCCAUCUCCAAACUGAAUAAUUUUACCCGCCUUGAGCCUACUCUCCAGUUACUGGGCAUCUCCUUCGACAUAAACACAGUCCAGGAACUGAUGCAGGAGAAGCAGGGUGUUGCCACACGCCUCCUUUAUCAACUCUACAUCUCACUUGAAAAGAAGAAGAGAACAGAAAUCAGUGGGACAAUGAUGGAAAUAAUGCAACCAGCAGCCAAUGCAGGCCUGCACAAAAAGGAGCAUGGCAUCUACUCUGAUCGACUGCAUCAGGUGGUGAAACGUGAUGCAGAGCUCAAGCUGCAGAAGAUUUCUGAGCACUAUGAGGAGAAAUGCCAGCAAUUGAGCGACAGGUCUGUCAUGACCUAUCCCAUCCAGCAAAAGACACAACUCAAAGUCCAGGAUGAGAAAAGAAUGAAGAAUAUUGAGAAGCUGCGGAUGUGCCAUCAGAAGUACAGUGGCAUCAUGCCUUGUAACCAGGCCACUAUUGUCCAGGUACCCAAGCCACCGCCCUACACUUCACAGCUCAACCUAAGGAAGCGACAACAGCAGCAGCAACGCAGAAAACACCAAGCACAGGUGGUCCAGAUUGAAAUAGCCCAGUUUGAGACAAACAGGAAGAAACUGGUUACCUCUAGUUUUGCCUCCUCUUCGAGUGGCCAGCCCAUUCCUGGAGAUCUUUCCCUUGAUGACAGCAGCCAAGGCUGUGAGGUCCCUGGAAGUGGAACAAAGCUGAUAUUACAAUCUAGUAGCAAGUAUAUACAGGAGCUCCGGCAGAGGCUAGAGGAGAAUGCUGUUGCUCGUGAGCAGAGAGAAAAAAGACGAGACAGAUUCCUGGUGGAGCAGCUCAAGGCCCAUGAAGCUCAAGAGGAAGCACAGCGGGAGGAGCAGCUGGUGAAGCGUUUAACACGUCAGACUCAGCAGGAGCUGCGUUUGGCAUCUCAGCUCCUCCAGAUGCGUAUGCAGAAGGAGGUGAUCCGGGAAAACCGUCUGUUCAGAGAGCAACAGUACCAGCAGCGGAGAGAAAGGGACUUCCAGGAGGCUCUGGAGAGGGAAGCGGCUUUGGCUCAGCAGGCUAAAUUGGACCGCACCGAAGAGAUCAAAAAGGAGCUAGAGUUCUUUAACAGGAUUGCUGCUGAGCGUGCUCAGAGCAGACACAAGAAGCACUUUAACAGCUGCAAGGACAUUGUGGAGCAGAUUGUGGACUUGGCCACCAAGGUUGGAGAAUAUCGACUGCUCACUGCAAAUCUGAUUCCAGAGAAGCUGAUGAGAGAGUGGAAGGAAUUGCUGUUCAGGGGCCUGCCUCUCUAUGAGCCAGUAAAGGGCCAGCAGGCCGGGUUUGAGUUCUCUACACCACUAGAUCCUGUAGAGCUUAAGAAGCAGGAGAUACUCAACAACCAGGACUAUGAUGAAUACACUAGCAUGGUAGGUGAGUGGGCGUGGCCAGAGGAAGCAGGGGAGACCAAAUUAGCCCCAACCAACAACAUACUUGGACAUGUUGUCCUGCGGCUGAGGAACAUUGUUCAUCCACCCAUUAUGGAACCUUCCGCACCUUCAUUUCCUCAGUUUACCCUCAAGGCCUGUGUUCUGGGCAAGUUUUGCUCUGGCAAGACCACCUGCCUGGCCAAGAUUGCUGAAGCCUAUGGCAUCUGUGUCUUAUCAGCUGACACACUGAUUGAGGAGGCGCUGAAUGCUUAUCAUAGUGGAGAGCAGCUGUCUACGCGGGCCAUGCUGGGAGCAGCUGCAGAAAAAGAUUUGAGAGAAGGCAAUGCUAUUCCUAAUGAGGUGUUAGUAGACAUUAUAGUAGAGGCUAUCAGGCAGGUUCCAGCUCAGUCAGGUUGGAUCCUGGAUGGCUUUCCGGUGGACAUCACCCAGGCCUACCUGCUAGAGAAAGCCCUGGGUGGGUCUGUAGAUGUAGGGAAUGAAGUUGAAAGCAGCAGGGCAAACCUUGCUACUGAUCCUGAUCCACCUAAACCUCUGCCACCCCCAAAUCCGGUAUUGGACCUUGCUCUGCUGCUGGAUAUCCCUGAUGAGACUGUGAUGAAACAUGCAUUCAAUCACACUGAUGCAGAUACUGCUGCAGAAACAACCUCCCAUCACACAGAUGAAAAUUUAUAUUUGGCACAGAUUCCACACAGGAUCACAGCGUUUCAGGACACCUGGCCAAAACUUGAGCAAUGGUAUGGUGAAAAGCAAAACAUUUUGGUCCGUGUUGAUGCCAGUGAAGUGGAGGUGGAAGUUUACAAGAGGGUGGAGUCUGUCCUGCUGCAAGUUUUGAUGCAAACACAGGAAGCUCUUGCCGCUCCUCCCUUCGACGAUGUGUUGGACAGUGGAGAAGCUCAAGAGUCCUCUGCGUCAGCCACUCCUCUACCUGUAGACCAACCUCUAGCCCUCACAGAUGAAGCCCCAGGCUCCACAGAGUCCCAUUCCAGACUUAAUGAGGAAAAAGCCCAAAGUGUGAACUCACCUCCCAAAUCCAACACACACUCCCCGAAAGGGCACUCUAGGAAGGCAUCAACUUCCUCAGUGACCAAUGAGGUCUCUCAGGGAGUCUCUAAGAACCUACCCGAAACUGGCUCUCCCUGCCCAGGCUCAUCCAGCUGGGUCUAUGUGGAUGAACCUCUUCCCGUAGAGAUCUCAGAGUACCUGUGCCCACAUUGGGACACAGUGUGUGAUUCUUAUGUGAACAACAUAAAGACAGUGAUGCAGCAGCUGCGCUCACAAAGCACUGUUAUCAGCCAUCACCUAUUCAACAUCAGAGAGGAAUUCAAGCAUUACCUGGGGCGUCCAGACUUGAAGCAGGAGUUAGUGUCUCAGUGGCAGAAGGACUUCAACAGCAUACCUGAUGAUAUGAGAGAAGAUGAGGAUACCAAAGCAGAGCUACAUCUGAGACUUGAUGAGUUGCGUGAACGUUUAUGGGACAUCAGUGACAAGCGUAAGGAGCAGGACGAGCAAGAGAGGGCUUCUCUCAUGUGUGACGGUUGGCUGGAGGACCACACUGCCGUUCUCAUCAACCACCAUGCCACACUCACGCAGGUGGAGUUGGACCGUUUCCAGGAGACCAUCUGUAUUCUCAGAGUCUACUAUUUGAGCAUGUACAGACAGGUGCUUCCUGAGCCACCCUCCAACUUUGUCUGUAUCCCCCUAAUGGAAACCUCAGAAAUUAAGGAUCAGGGCGAGAGAUGUCCUGACUCCUCAGGGGGGGUGUCCAAGACGAAAGGCCAGGAUCAAACAGAACCUGUCAAGCCGCCCCAUGAGAAACUCAUCUCUGACUACGAGGAGGCCCUAAGAGCCAUCGUCAAAUUGGUGUCAGCAGAAGCCCGCCAGGGGGCGACAAAAGAGCAGAAGGAGAAACCACAAGAGAAAGAAAGAGAGAAGACCACUGCAAGUUCAAACAAAACGAAAAAAGGGAAGCAAUCAGCAAAAAAACAGAAAGGUCCACCAUCCCCAUCUCCAGCACCAAGCCCUGCACCAGCUGAUGACAAAAACUCAGAGAAGACUCAUGAUCAAGAAGUCAGAAACAAAAUACAUAAAGAAUAUGCAGCUGCACUGGAUCACGAGGAGAAUGCAGCAAAGGUGCGCAUUGCGCUGGUGAAAGGUCAUGGUCUGGUGAUGGCGCAAAGCCUGCAAAGCAGAGCAGAACAGGCCUUUAGCGACAUGGAGAAGUGGUUAGAAGCUCACUAUCUUGCAGAAAUGAAGAGUAUUGACCAGUUAUCAGAAGUGGUUCGCCACCACAUAGAAGCUGCUGCUAAGCUACAGAAUGAACUGGUUUUGGAAUGUACUGACUUCUAUCUGAAUGGAGAUUGCCGAAUGGUGGCUACCCGGACUCCCUCUGCCCAGCCACCCCCUCUGGAGAAACCCACACAGUCCACCCCGACCAUCACUCAGCUGGAAUCACUCCACCAACAACUAUACAACGUUGCUCCAUCAGGUCUCAUUCCCAGUUCUGAUUUCUCAAGCUUGCUCAGGGAUAUCACCGCUGUUAAUAUGGGCAGAAACAUCUUGCCUGAGCCGUGGGUAAACAAGAAUGAAACACAGUUGAUGGAGAUUGUGGCUCUGCUAGUGGAUGACUAUGAGCUUGUAGACUGGCGUCAGUUUCUGCUCAGUGCGGCCCUCCCUUGGUCAUUUCCCUCCUUAACACAGCUGCUGGCCGUGCUAAAACGUUUCAGGGCAGCAGAUACUGGCAACACUGGCUAUAUAAACAGGGAACAGUACCUACAGACAGAGUUGUGGUUUUCCAGUGAGAGUGUACAGCCGGUCUCUGAAGACCCCUCUGAGCCUCUACCUUAUGACCGUCUGGCUAACCUACGCAAGUUCUUUUUCCAGUUGUUUGCGGACCACUCUUUCUCUCCUCCUCGACUGGACUAUGUGUCCAUGCUGCAGUACUUUGCAGCCGACCCUAACCCCAGACAGGGCUUUAUCAGAGCACUUAGUGUAGUGUUGGGACAACAUCUUAAGCACUUCUCACCCGGCCACCUUGUCAGGUCUAUGCCCAGUAUAGAAGAGGCUACAGAGCUCAGCUCCUCAGAACUUGAUGGAGAGUGCAAGGAAGAAGAGACUCCGUGUCCAUCAAGCAGUUCAUUGGUGUCCAUCCCUGCUCUCCUCGAGGUCAUCUGCCACAAAAUCACCAAGAUGAAAGACGGCAACCCCCUUCCUCCAGGCUGCCUGAGUCAGGAGGAGCACACUGAGCACCUGGUGCAUGUAUUCAGAGAGCUGGGCUACAAGCCUGAGAACGGUGUGCCCUUCUUCAUUCUGUCUCAGCAUCCUUUCAUCCAGGGCCUAAUGGAGACCACAACACACUACCAGCUUGUAAAUAUUCAUAGGGUGCUACUGGCCAAUCAGGGUGAAGUAGAGGCUAACAGCUCGACAGUUUCCUAAAGGAUGAGACAUAUACAAUACAUGCUGAUGUCUGCAUCAUGAAGAACUCUUUCACUUAGGAAAUGAAAACA